AUGUCCGGAGUCAUGGAUAUCAACCACUUGCUAUGCCAUCCUUGUGAUCCUUACGUUUCAAAAAACUAUAUAUAUCACUCGCCACCACCUGUAAACAAUCAGAUUUUUAUUCAACGUCCUGUUCCUAUUAUGUUUAACGAUACGGAAUUCUGGAAGCAUAACCGCUCUUUGAGUACAGCAAGCAAUAGUAGCAGUUCAAGCGAAGAUAAACCCAAGCCUAACUAUCGUAAGCGAAUCAACAGCGAUAGCAAGUUUAUUAUGGUUCAAAGCAAACAAUCUACACGUCGUAACAGAUCAAACUCAACAUCCAUGAUUCAGACAAGAGUGCCUUGGACUCCUGAAGAAGAUGAUCUUUUACAAAAGGGAUAUGAACAAGGCUUAUCAUGGGCCAUGAUCUCGUUUAAUUUCUUGCCACAUCGUUCACGAGGUUGCUGCUGGGGACGAUUCAAGACAUUGCAGAACAAAAAUGUCAUAGAAGUCUAUCAACAUCGAGUUUGCCAAAGACCUUGGAGAAUUAAUCGACCUCAUAGCAAAUCCGUUAAAAAUUAG